UUUGUAGCUAGUUUUUCAUCAUCUUAAUUUCAUUUCUUCUUCACCUUCACAAACCAAUUUAAUUUAAUUAAAAUCCAAAAAACAACAAAAUUUCCCCUUUUUCUAAUUUCUAGCUUAAAGUUUUUUCACCAUUAAUUCUAAGCUAGCUAGCUAGCUAGCAUACGUACACGCACAUCGGUCACACAAGAAUUAAUGAUGAGUUGAUGGCAUCGGUGAAAUCUCGUGUAAUGGAGAAAACGAUUCAACUUCAACAACAGCAACAGCCGCCGCCACCGCCACCGCACGAAGCGUUAAAAUGCCCACGAUGUGAUUCUUCCAACACAAAGUUUUGUUAUUACAACAACUAUAGUUUGUCACAACCAAGACAUUUUUGUAAAGCAUGUAAAAGGUAUUGGACAAGAGGUGGCACCUUGAGAAAUGUCCCUGUAGGUGGCGGCUGCAGGAAGAACAAAAGAGUUAAAAGACCGCCCAUCACGAGUAGUAAUGCUCCGGCUACACAAUCACAAGUUCAUCAUCAUCAUACAAACCCUAACCCUAAUAAUAACAAUAAUAAUAAUAAUAAUAAUAAUAAUAAUAAUAAUCAUGAUCAAAUUAAUCAAAUCCCAUCAUCUUCUACUACUACUAACAGCAAUCAUCAUCUUAACCCUUUGUUUUAUGGGUUGAUAGCUCCUCAUCAAAACUCUAUUAAUUAUCCUGGAUUUGAUCCUACUACUAGGGUUUCUAGCGUGAAUGAAAACCACCUUGUCCCGGGCGGAUAUAGCACUCUUAUUCAACCGCAGCAUAUGAAUAUCAAUGCAUCCGAAUCGUUAGGUUUCUCGCCUAUGGGUACAGCAUCAGGAGGUUCAAAUUUGAAUUUUGGUAGCUACAAUAAUAAUUCCUUCAUGUAUGGUGGUUCGACUUGUAGUGCUCCUAGUACUAUGGCUUCGCUACUAGCUUCCACUUUUAAUCAACAACAACAAAGAGUUAUGGGGGGUUUUGCAAACUAUGAUCAUGAUGGGAUGAUGAGUAGUUCCAAUAACUUGGUAAUUAAAGAUCUGAAAUUGGAAAAUAAUUCACAAAACAAGAUCAUGGAUUGGAAUAAUAAUAAUAACAGUAGUUUUCAUGGUGGGCAAAAUAAGAGUAGUAGUGAUCAUGAUCGUCAGAUUGAUGAAGCUGUCGUUGUUGUUUCUUCUGGUGAUCCGAAUUCCAUUUUAUGGGACGCCGAAGGAGGAGUCUGGCUUGAUCAAACGAAUCACAACAAUAUUGGCUCUACUUCGGUUCCUUCCUUGAUCUAGCUAUCUAUCUAAUUGAUUAUAUACCCCACAAAGCUAGAUUUUCUUCUGGUUUUUGAUCCUUGAUCACCUUGUUUUUUUCGUCUGUUUCAAUAUUAGUACGUAUAGGAAAAUUUUAUGUCAAAACAUCGUCGAUGGGAGGGGAUUGGAUCGGAGCGAUCAUGUCAGCUUGCAAACACAUAUAUUAAUUCCAGCCUUCUAAAUUUUUCAGUGAACAAGGCUGGAACGUUUAAUAAAAAUAUAUAUAUAUAUAUAUAUAUAUAUUGGUUUUGCGCUGAGAGGAACCUCGGAUCCUCUUCAUCUCAUCGGGCCAAGUCCGAUUAUCAUGAAGAAUUGAACACAGGAUUUGUCAACAAGGAUUUGGGAGCAAUACUUCUGGUGUGUUCUUUUUUUUUUUUCUUAUCUUUGCUGCUUGUAUAUAUAGGUACUACUCAUUCUCUAUAGAAAUUUGUUUUUUGCUUGAUGGUUAAUUAUCGAGGGGGUAUAUUGGUAUAGAAGUUAUCGAGGGGGAUAUGUUUAUUGUUUAAUCUUACAUUAAUUUGUAAGCUAAGUUGUUUGAAUUUUAUCUUCAUUCUUCGUUGUGUCAUUAUGUUAGUUUCAACUCAAACUUUAUGGUUUUUAUAAGAAAAAAAUUAAUGAUAGUAUAUGAUUCUUCAAUUCUA